CCGAGGCGGAGCUUUAGCCGAGGCGGUGGACGGUGUGGUGUAGGGACGAGGCGACCCCGUUCUGGCCGACGUGAUUUCUGGCCGAUGUGUGUUUCCUGGCCGGCGGUAGUGUUGCCGGCCGUAGGUGUCGCCGGCCAAAGGAGUUAUCUGCCUCUCCUUGGUUGUUGUUGGUCGUCCUGGCCGAUGUGAAGUGACUACGGCCCAGGCUGCUUUCCCAUUUGUGAACGCAUAUGACAGACGAGGCGACGGGCAUCUCCAACAUGGCCGGGGUUCUCGGGCAUAAGAGUCACAACGCGCGAGCUGUAAAGAGCUCUCCUUGGCCGAAGCAGCUGCCUUUCCUUUGUUUAAGACGAGGGGGUGCUUUUGUUUUGCUUGGCCGAAGAAGAACCACCAGGUGUUUGAGGAUGAGGGUCCCACUUGUCCGAGCUGGGAGUCGUUGGACGAUGCACUCACACUGCCGAUGGUGUGUCGUUCUCACCUCUGUUUUCACCGAUGGUGUGGCCGGUCGAUGCGUUCUGGCCGAAGGGUUCUGGCCGCUGGUGUUGCCGGCCGACGGGUUACCGGCCGAUGGUGUCAUGGCUGAUGCGUCGCGGCCGGAAUGUUGCUGGCCGUUGUAUGCCGGCCGAUGCGGUGCCUCCCUCAAUUGUUUGGCCGAUGGUGUGCACCGGUGUUGCCGAUGGGGACCGCUGUGGACAAGGGGCACUGAGGAGCUUCUCUUGGCCGAAGGGACUGCCUCUCCCUUGUUUGAACCGAUGUUUUGUCAGUCGACAGGUGUGCCGGCCGAUGCGUUACCAAGGUGUGAGUGACCCCCUGGUUUGGACGGGGAGCCAGUUGCCUAAUUCAAUUGCUUGGCCGAAGCGUGUCAUCCCCAUUGAUUAGGCCGAUGGUGGUAUGGCCGAUAGUGUUGCAGAGGUUAUUCCAGACGUUGUGCAGUUCAUCCGGGGGAUGGAUUCGUUGGUUCCCUUCUGCUUUCAGGACGGAGGUGCUGCCAUGGUCCUUUCCCUUCGGGCCGAUGCGGUCUGGUCGAUGGGGUUCCGGCCGAUGGGGUGCGCCACUUCUUGCUUCCAGGACUGGGUGAAUUGGCAGAAGGGUCCCAAUAGGCCGAGGGGUGCACCAAUACUUGGCCUAUUCUGGUUCGGCCGAGGGAUUGCCGACGUGGGGCACCAGGGAGCUUCCUUUGGGCGAAGUAAUGCCGGCCGAUGUGGUGUCGGCCGAAGUGUGACAUUGAUGUCCUUGGCUGAGCCGAAGGUGUACUUGGGCUUCUCGUCCCAAUUUACUGAGGAAAGUUCUUGGCCGUUGAUCUAUGCCUCACAUAUGGAUAGCCGAGGUGACCCAAAGUUCCUUCUUUGGCCGGGGUGAAGCUUCCCCGACGAUUGAUGUUGUAGCCGAGGCUGUCCCAAUUUUUUGUAGUUUAAGUUGACUUUGCCGUCAUGUUUAAGUGGUGGGCUGAGUUGUGGAUUAGGAAGCUGCCACCUGUAAAGCUAAGUUGACUUUG